ACGGAGCAGAACGCGUAUCUGUGUGUCUGGUUUGGUUGGUGCGCAGCGGCAAGGGCACGACCGGCGACGUUUCGAGCAGAGCGUCCGAAAAUAUCGUGAAAAGAGAUGGUCUUUUCUUCAGGACCGACAUAACAUUUAAAGGUUUGCUAACAGACUGUUUUCCUGUUUCUUCAUCAUGUAAAGCUGACAUACUGAACAUGGCCCCAAAUUCCAUCCACUGGUUUCGGAAGGGCCUGCGUCUGCAUGACAACCCUGCACUUCAGGAGGCAGUGCGGGGUGCAGGCACCAUCCGCUGUGUUUACUUCCUGGACCCCUGGUUUGCUGGGUCCUCCAACCUUGGGGUCAACAGGUGGAGAUUUCUCCUUCAGUGCCUAGAUGAUCUUGACUCCAGUCUCCGGAAGCUUAAUUCACGCCUUUUUGUUAUCCGAGGUCAACCAGCCAAUGUUUUCCCACGAUUAUUUAAGGAGUGGGAAAUAUCCAGGUUGACUUUUGAGUAUGACUCAGAACCUUUUGGGAAGGAGCGAGAUGCUGCCAUUAAGAAGCUUGCAAUGGAGGCUGGGGUGGAAGUCAUUGUCAAGAUCUCACAUACCCUUUACAAUCUGGACAAAAUAAUUGAGUUGAAUGGCAGUCAGCCACCCCUCACCUACAAGCGUUUCCAGACUCUGAUCAGUCGUAUGGACCCACCAGAGAUGCCUGUGGAAACCCUGUCUAGCACCCUUAUGGGCUGUUGUGUCACGCCUGUAUCGGAAGACCAUGGGGACAAGUAUGGUGUGCCUUCUCUUGAAGAACUAGGGUUUGACACAGAAGGACUACCCUCUGCUGUGUGGCCAGGCGGGGAGACGGAAGCACUAACGAGGAUUGAGAGACACUUAGAGAGAAAGGCUUGGGUGGCUAACUUUGAGAGGCCAAGGAUGAAUGCCAACUCCCUACUGGCCAGCCCCACAGGCCUGAGCCCUUAUCUUCGCUUUGGCUGCCUAUCCUGCCGCCUUUUCUAUUUCAAACUCACAGAUCUCUACAGAAAGGUAAAGAAGACCAAUACCCCUCCUCUCUCCCUCUAUGGCCAGUUGCUGUGGCGAGAAUUUUUUUACACUGCUGCCACCACCAACCCACGUUUUGACAAGAUGGAGGGCAACCCCAUCUGUGUGCGCAUUCCGUGGGAUAAGAACCCAGAGGCACUGGCCAAAUGGGCUGAGGCUAAGACUGGUUUCCCAUGGAUUGAUGCCAUCAUGACUCAGCUGAGGCAGGAGGGCUGGAUCCAUCACUUGGCUCGUCAUGCUGUGGCUUGCUUCCUCACCCGAGGAGACCUGUGGAUCAGUUGGGAGGAGGGCAUGAAGGUUUUUGAGGAACUUCUAUUGGAUGCAGACUGGAGUGUGAAUGCAGGCAGCUGGAUGUGGCUCUCCUGCAGUUCAUUCUUUCAGCAGUUCUUCCACUGCUACUGUCCAGUAGGGUUUGGUCGGCGCACUGACCCUAAUGGGGACUUCAUUAGACGCUAUUUACCUGUUCUUCGAGGUUUUCCGGCCAAGUAUAUCUACGAUCCAUGGAAUGCCCCAGAUUCAGUGCAGACUGCAGCAAAGUGCAUCAUUGGAGUUCAUUACCCAAAGCCGAUGGUGAACCAUGCGGAGGCCAGUCGCCUUAACAUCGAGAGGAUGAAACAGAUCUACCAGCAACUCUCCCGCUAUAGAGGAUUAGGACUUCUAGCUUCAGUGCCAUCUACGCACAAUGGGAACGGGAAUGGGAUGGUCUACUCUCCAGGAGAACAGCAGUUUGGGACCAACACACCAGCACCAGCAAUGUCAGGCAGCUCGGUUGCCAGUGGUAACCGCAGUGGAAGUAUUCUGCUGAACUUUGACAGUGAGGAGCACCAGGGACCAAGCAGAAUGCAGCAGCAGCAACAAAAGCUAGGAUGUGUGCUUCACAUAGCAGGACGUGUCACAUGUAAGAGGGAACGAGAAUCGGAACGAGACGCUGAAGGAGACGACAUGCUCUCCACUUCUCCCAAACUACAGCGACAAAUAGCAGCAAUCACUUCUGUUCAUGGCACCGAUGGCAACCAACGUGGUACACUAAACUGAACAUAACAUGAGCUAAUAAGAAUUUAACAUCAGAGUUUCUCAUAAUGAGCCACACCCAUAUGACAUGUCUGUACCAACUGUAUUCUUUGCCAUUUGUUUCUCAGAAGAGCUAGAUGGACAUAUCAAACUGAAGUGAACAUAGAAGGAAGCACUGGUUUUAAUAUGAAUACUUUUUCUUUGUUUGUUGUUGCAGUAAUAGGGAAUUGGAUUACUGGGCCAUAUGGGUUAGAAUUAAUAUCCUGAAUGGUCAGAUAUAAAGAAGGUGAAUAGAGGUGAAACUGAAAACUGGUCCUUUCCUUUUCAAAACAGUUACUGUAUAUAUUUAUUUUUUUUGUUGUUGGCAACAGUUUUGUCAUUUAAUGCCGGUAAAUGCUACUUUUUUCCAGGAAAAAAGCUGCUACUGGCACUGUAGUAUUUUGUAAAUUUGGAAACCUUUUAUAUCAAGAAGAAUAUAAAAGACAUCGGAUCUUUGCAGCAGCCAGUGUAUGAGUAUUUAUAUGCAUUAGAGUCUUACUAACACAUGGUAACUACAAUUGAUUGCAAAAGUUUGCAUACCCCGACUUCUAAAUGAUGAAACCAAUAAUAUGAUUUUUUUGCAUUGCUAUUAAUAGUGAAGUAUUUCAGAAUGUAAUGUAAAUGUGGUAUUCUUAUUUGUUAUUGUUAUUUCUGUUCUUCCGUUUGCCACUAAGAACUUUUUCAGGAUGUUUGAAUCACUCACAAAAAAAGUAUUUUUUAAAAGAAUAUUUUUCCAGUCUUUGGACAUGUUUUUGUGUUUCUAAUUUUUACUACUAAUAACGGUGUCACUCAACACUCUGACUUUUUUUACACAGUUCACCAGCUCUGUAAAAGUUAGUAUUUUCAGUUUUAGGUCUUUUUUGUUUGAUUGUUUGUUUGUUUUUCCUUUCUGACUCUUGACUACUUGAGAACUUUAGAGCCUGACUGAACUCUUCUUGGCAUAAAUAAGACCUGAACAAAGGCACAUAAAAAUAAAUCAAAGCAUGUCACUGGGGAUACAGACCUUUGAACUUGCUAAUAAAGAUAACAGAAACUUGAUUGCUAUAAUGCCAUGUUAUAAAAGGCAUUCAGUUGGACAGCAUGAAAAAGCAGGAAGUCAUGUUCUGUAAACAGAGGUAAAGUUUAUGUUUCACCCACAAAACAAGAGGGAUGCUAACUUUUGCAUUCAAAUGUAUAUUGAACAAUGUUUUCACAUUUUUAAAGCCACAUUAUGCUUUUUUUUUGUUUUUUUGUUGCUUUUUUUUUGUAAGAGAGUCAGUACUUAGUAAUGCUGUUUUAUUUUAUGUCAGGUUCUAUUGAAGGCAAGGAAAAGUCCUUGACACUAGUAUGGUAAAUAAUGUAAAUUUGUUUAUAGAUUCUCAUGGUGACAUUAUUUAAAUUAGAAAAAUAGUUUGUUAGGAAUGUUUUUGGAAUAUCAAUGUCUUUUUAUUUAGGAUUAACUGAACAUCAAAAGAUUAUAGAGUGCUUCGUAGUACAGUGUUUUUUUUUUUUUAUGAAUAGAACUCCUGGUCCGACCUCAGCCAGCAAAUGCCUAAAACACAACAAACGACAGUUAAAGAAUGGCAGUAACUGGAGUUGAUGUUCAUACCAGCUAUUCAUCAUAAUACAGAUGCAUAAAAUGUGCUUUUAAUGCCAUAUGUACUUCUAGUUUUAUAGUUGUGCAUGAACACCCCCUCCCCUUUUUUAUACUAAGAAAAUUCAUUACUGUAAAUCAGCUCCAAGUGAAAAUAUGUGGAGGCAUUCAAAAGGUGAACAUGUUUAUUUUCCUCCUGCUGAUAAUUUGUUUAGUUCUCAAAAGUACUCGAGGUUUGAGCCAGAAUUGGGGGGG